AUGCUAGAACAGUUUGUGGUGUUCACUUCUGGGGGCCAGGUAGUCUAUCAGUUUAACUGUCUAGGGAAGAAGUUUGCAGAAACGCAGAUUAACAGGUUCAUAUCCCAUCUGUUGAGUUCACCUACUAUCCACAAUGAGGACAGUUCUAGGAAGUACAGAAUUGUAGAGAUUGCUGGAAACAGUAAUACAUCCGGCGGUAACAAGGCCCAGUCCCGUGGUUUUUGUUCUAUGUACCACGUUAGUAGAAGACCAGAGUUAUACUACGUGGUGACAUAUGCGGAGCAGUCAUUACAGUUAAAUCAAGAGGCUGAAGAAACUUUACAAGUUGGAAUAAAUCUUUGGGAGUCAUUAGGAUUAUCAGAAGGUGUGUUAGAUAAUAUUAAUGGGAAGGGAUCAAGAAAUGAACGUAACUGUAUCGAUGUGUUGACCGACUUAGAGGAAGAAUUGGAAAAAUUUGACCAAUAUUUGAAGAUUAAAUAUGAGGAAAUCCUGAGCCGUGAUAACGAGAAUAGUAGCUCUUCCAUUGGCAAGGUCGAUUCCAAGAAAAAACCCAGAGAGGCCAAGGGUAAGAAACAACAACAGCAGCAGCAGGGUGGCGGCAGAAAAUGGGGAAGAGAUGGGACUAUGGAAGAAAUUAAUGCACAAGAUAGUAAAGCUCUUGAUUUCUCUGAGAACAACCAACAAGCUGGUGGAUCGAUGGGGCAAAUCGACAAGGAUUCAUUCGGUAAGAGGACAAACCAAGGUGAUUUCUUAAUCAAAGAGAUUGACGAUUUAUUAUCUGCCCAAAAAGAAUCCUAUCAGAGUAAUGAGGACAAAGGAACUUCAGCAUUUGGAUUCCUGAGGAAACAUCUAUUGGGUAAUAAGACGAUCACCGAGACAGAUCUUAAAUCUGUACUGGACAAGUUAAAACAAAAACUAAUAACAAAAAAUGUAGCUCCAGAGGCAGCAGAAUUCUUGUGCAAGCAGGUUUCUCUUGAUUUGGUGGGAUCAAAAACAGCCAGCUGGACUAGUGUGGAAAAUACUGCCCGCGAAUCAUUGACUAAAUCUUUGACUCAAAUCCUAACACCUGGUGUCUCUGUAGAUCUUUUACAUGAGAUCCAACAAAAGGCAGAAACAAGAGAUGCCCAAGGUCUUAAACAACCUUAUGUGUUUUCCGUAGUUGGUGUAAAUGGUGUGGGUAAGUCGACUAAUCUAUCCAAAUUGGCUUUUUGGCUUCUCCAAAAUAAUUUGAGGGUCUUAGUGGUAGCAAGUGAUACGUUUAGAUCAGGAGCAGUGGAACAAUUGAGAGUUCAUGUAGAGAACUUGGCGGAAUUGACCGACGAGUCUCACAUUCGUGGAUCCAAAAAUCGCCGAGACAAGACUGGUAAUGAUCAUGUUGAAUUAUUCGAAGCAGGUUAUGGUGGUUCUGAUCUGGUCACCAAGAUUGCCAAGCAGGCAAUUAAAUAUGCCAAGGAACAGGAAUUCGAUAUCGUUCUAAUGGAUACAGCUGGUAGAAGACACAAUGAUCCAACUUUAAUGUCACCUUUGAAAUCUUUCGCAGAACAGGCUAAACCUGACAAAAUUAUCAUGGUUGGUGAAGCUUUGGUGGGAACAGAUUCUGUUCAACAGGCAAAGAAUUUCAACGAAGCUUUCGGUAGAGUUAGGAAUUUGGAUUUUUUUAUUAUAUCAAAAUGCGAUACUGUGGGUGAAAUGCUGGGGACUAUGGUAAAUAUGGUUUAUGCUACUGGUAUACCGAUUUUGUUUGUUGGAGUUGGGCAAACCUACACAGAUCUAAGAGUAUUGAGCGUUAAUUGGGCGGUUAAUAUUUUGGUGUCUUAA